AUGGAGGCCCUGGAACGUGGUCGGCGUGGGGAGCAUGUUCUUCAACCUGCGGAGAUGGAAAGCAAACUCGCACAAGAGCAUGUGACAACCCAGUCCCAGCUCAUGGAGGAAGCCAAUGCGAUUCAGAAUGCAGAAUGCCCUGUUAACGGAGGGCCUGGUACCUGGUCAUCCUGGGGAGUGUGUUCUACAACCUGCGGAGAAGGACAGCAGAUUCGCACACGAGCAUGUGACAAUCCAAUCCCAGCUAAUGGAGGAAGCCAAUGCAAUUCAAGUGAUCUGACUGACACACGGUCCUGUAAUGAUGCAGAAUGCCCCGUUCACGGAGGUCCUGGUACGUGGUCAGUUUGGGGAGCAUGUUCUUCAACCUGCGAAGAUGGAGAGCAAACACGUACAAGAGCAUGUGACAACCCAGUCCCAGCUAAUGGAGGAAGCCAAUGCCAUUUAAGUGAUCUGACGGACAAACGGUCCUGUAAUGUUGAAGAAUGCCCUGUAAAUGGAGCCCCUGGUACGUGGUCAGCUUGGGGAGCGUGUUCUACAACCUGCGGAGAAGAAGAGCAAACUCGCACAAGAGAAUGUGACAACCCAGCCCCAGCUAAUGGAGGAAGCCAAUGCAAUCCAAGUGAUCUGACGGACACACGGUCCUGUAAUGAUGCAGAAUGCCCCGUAAAUGGAGCCCCUGGUACGUGGUCAGCUUGGGGAGCGUGUUCUGCAACCUGCAGAGGUGGAGCACAAAUUCGCGCAAGAGAAUGUGACAACCCAAUCCCAGCUAAUGGAGGAAGCCAAUGCAAUUCAAGUGAUCUGACGGACACACGGUCAUGUAGUGAUGCAGAAUGCCCCGUUAAUGGAGGCCCUGGUACGUGGUCAGCUUGGGGAGCGUGUUCUACAACCUGCGGAGAAGGAGAGCAAACUCGCACAAGAGAAUGUGACAACCCAGCCCCAUCUCAUGGAGGAAGCCAAUGCAAUCCAAGUGACCUGAGAGACACACGGUCCUGUAAUGAUGCAGAAUGCCCCGUAACCGUUGGAAUACUAAAAAGUAACCCAAUUGUUGCAAAGAGACAGCUGCUGUCAACCGAAAUACGGGAUCUUGCAGUAACAUCAAGUGGACAUAUUGUGGUAACAGGUGACACCAACACAAAGAUAUAUGGCAGUGAUUAUAGUCUCAUCAAAGAUAUCGGCAAAACAUUCAAGCGUGUUACAGUUACAAGUGAUGGUCAACUGGGAUUCACUGAUGUGUCUAGCACGAUCUACUUCUACACAGCAGACGGCAAUCAUAUACGCAACAUAACAGUUGCAGGGUCUUCAUAUCAACUACUUGGUAUUACUACACUAUCUACUGGUCAGUUGGUUGUCUGCGAUGAUUACACAGACAAUGUGUAUAUUGUUGAACAAGAUACAGGGAAUGCAACACCACUCUCUGCUUCUGGUACGUUUAGCGGUCCUUACUAUGUGACAACGAACAGCAAAGGAGUAGUUAUAGUAAGUGACCGUUACGGACAUUCUAUAGCGGGAUUGGACCAGACUGGCAAUAUACUCUUCAGUUAUGGUACACAAGGAUCAGGGGAGGACCAGUUGAAACAUCCACGUGGUGUCGACACAGACAAUGAGGACUACAUAGUGGUGGCAGACUUCGACAACAAAAGAGUACAACUACUCACCCCUGAUGGCAAAUUCGUGAGAUACCUCCUAAUAGAGAGUGAUGGCGUGAACAACCCAAGGGCUGUUUGUAUUAACCAAGAUGGGCAGCUACUAGUUGGGGAUUCCAAUGGACGAUUAUUCACUAUCACAUAUAGAGAAAAUGUCAAUGCCUGA